AUGCUGCCGAAAUCGCACUUCGGCGGGAGGAAGCGGAGGUCAGCUGAGGAUGCGGUUGUCUGCGUGGCGGACGAGAUCAAAGGUCAGUGGCGGAAAGGGAAUGCGGUUGUCGGCCUGGCUCUCAGCGUGUCGAAGGCGUUCCCCAGCGUGCAAACGGACCGACUCACGACAAACCUCCGAAUCCGCGGUCUGCCCAGCUCCGCCUGCGCCUGGAUCCGCUCCUUCCUGAGCGACCGUUCAUGCACCCUGCAGCUCGAAGGCGUCGUCAGUGAGUCUAUCGAGUGGACGAGCGGACUACCCCAAGGCUCACCCCUCUCGCCUAUCCUCUUCCUCGCAUAUAACGCCCCCCUACUCGAUGCCUGUGAGACGACCUUGACCUGCGGUUUCGGCGGGAUCGACGACGUGAACUUAUUGGCAUGGGGAAAGACAGUAGAGGAUGCGGUCAGCGCGAUGAACUCGAUUGUGCCCAAACUCGAGGCAUGGUCUUACUCCCACUCAUCCGCUUUUGAACCGACAAAAACCGAGGCAACCAUCUUCCUCCCUGCCGCUCGUGCGAUACCCGAUAAUCCACCCCGCGUCAUCCUCCAAGGCCACGCAGUCGCCUUCACCCCCUCCCUGACAAUGCUGGGAACGAAGCUCGACUCACGAUUAUCUUUCCGAGAACACAUCUCCGCCUGCGCCGCCAAAGCCACCACCUCCACCACAGCCAUCUCCCUCCUCACCCGAUCGAAGGCCGGCCUGGCGCCGAAGUGGGCGUGUCAACUUGUGGUUGCGUGCGUCCUGCCACGACUUGUCUGGGCAGCGGCGGCUUGGGUGGAACCUGCGAAAGGCAAGGAAAAGAUCAGGGACGGGCAAAGCACUCGAGGUAAAAGCCGGCCUCCUUCCACUUCACCUCCAGCUGCAGAACCAACUCUUCCGCCUCGCCCUUUUGCCCUCUCUGCUCGACCAUCACACCCGCUCCAUCACCGCACAAUCGCCACCCGCCAACGCCCAAUCCACUCGUCGCACCGCUUGCCGCUCGACCUCGCGCUCGCCAACCCGCUCCUCCCGCCCGACCUCGAUGUCGAAUCGAUCCACCCCGACCCGAUACCACCGUGGUCCCCUGACCCAGCACCUGCCGUCGACCUCGCACGAGGGAAAGCGAUCGGGACGUACGAACAUGUCCAAAUCGUCCGCGACUUGCCGCCCGGGUCGCUCCUCGUCUACACCGACGGCUCGAUGGGCGAGUCAGGUCUCGUCGGAGCAGGGAUGGCGGCUCGGGUUUGGACCGGAGGCAAAGUGCUGCUGGCGGAAGGGGAAGAAGCGGAUGUCGGGCUGUGGCAGAGGGAGAGGAGGAAGAUGGGUCAGCGCCAAACGGUCUACACGGGCGAAUUGGAGGGACUACGCCUCGCUCUGGCCUCCCUACUAGUCACGCAGACCGCUGACUCGCCCCUCGUUGCCCUCGUCUCGCUCGACAACACCGCGGCCCUCACUCUGCGAGGGCGGCGAGGUGGAGAGUCGGGAACACUUCCUGAAUCUCUGCCCGAUGUACGAGCAGGCUCGCCACUCCUUCUACAAGCACAUUCGGCUCCGUCAGACCCCUACCGUCGGCUCACUCCUCGGCAAUCCUGA